UAUGAGCAAGGAUGACAACGCCAAUCACAUCGCAGCAGGGCAACGUCAAACAUGAGUUGAGAAAUUCAGGAUGAUUUGGCCAUUAUAGACUAACAUUCUGUGGUAUCCUAUGCCUGGGACAUUAGUUGUUUUUUCUCUCUUUUUGCUGUGCAAUCCGAUCGGGUAUCAUUCAGGGAAGAAUAUAAUGUCUAGAAUAUUGCACAGUCAUGGUGAAGCGCUAGAACCGGAUAGCCAUGCCGCGGGUAAAGAAGACUGGGAAUUUUCACUCUGACCAAAUUCAUGCUGUUUUUUUGAAAAGGACUGAGUCGCUUCUUUAAUGCUGCUUCCGAUGUAACCUACUGUUGGCAGGAAGAACUGCGUGGCUGAAAAAAAUACUGACACGUGGAUUUAUCGUCAAACUCAAGGCGAUCCGUCUCUAAUCACCCAUGCACUUUUUAUCACACGGCAGUAACAUUAUGGAUUGGCCUACACGGUAAUCGAAAGGAAAUGAUACAUCGGUAUCAUCGCGAACAUCGAACAAGCGUUUAUUUUUGUCGACUUUCUUCACUCAUUCCAUAGCCUACUGCGCUGAAUUGUAAAAGUGCAGGAGACAUCAAAUCGUAUACCUCUUUCGUUGAAUGGCAAUUCUGCAAAAACAUGGAAAGAACUCUAGUCCAGAUUUGGUCUGCCUCAAAGAAAAAAACACAGACAAAACCGGGGUCGCUGGAGGUCAUCAGAAGAAGUGGAGUGAACCGAAUACGUAUUGGCCAAGACCCCUGGCGCGGGUAUGGACGGUGGUGCUACUGCUGGGGACCUGUCUGCUGUACUGUGCCCGCGUGGCCAUGCCCAUCUGUGCCGUUAGCAUGGCGGAGAAGUUCAACUGGACCAAGAGGGAUCAGGGCAUGGUGCUGGGUAGCUUCUUCUGGGGUUACUGCUUCACACAGGUCCUCGGAGGCUACGUCAGCGACAGGGUUGGAGGUGAGAAGGUGCUCCUCCUCUCUGCGGCGGCCUGGGGGGCGAUGACAGCCUUCACGCCCGUCCUGGCCCACUUCUGCUCUCAGCCCAUCUUCUCCAUGACACUGGCCCGCUUCCUUAUGGGGCUGCUGCAAGGUGUCCACUACCCGUCUCUGGCCAGCCUGUGUUCUCAGAAGGUGGUGGAGAGUGAGAGAGGAUUCCUCAUGAGCACUGUGGGCAGUGGCUCCUACCUGGGAACACUGGUGAUUGGGGGGGCUGGUUCCCUCAUGCUGGACCUGUAUGGUUGGGAGAGUGUGUUCUAUGUGUCAGGCAUGCUCUCUGUCCUCUGGGCGUACUGCAUGUGGAAAUACCUGCUCAAAGGGGAAGGUCCUAUCAUCACAUUGGAGUCACUGGGUAGUGGAGGGCCCCAGUCCAAACUGUCCAGGAGACACUGGCUGCGCCUCUUCAAACAACCUGCUGUCUGUGCUGUGAUUAUUACGCACCUUUGCACGGCAAGCACCUUCUUCACAUUGUUAUCAUGGCUACCAACGUACUUCAAGGACACCUUCCCUGAUGCCAAGGGUUGGGUGUUUAACGUUAUCCCGUGGUUUGUGUCCAUCCCCUCUUCACUCUUCAGUGGCUGUCUCUCUGACCACCUCAUCAGCAAAGGUUAUGACACAGCUGCUGUGAGGAAGCUUAUGCAGUUCUUCUCCAUGGGUGUGUCCAGUGUGUUUACCCUCCUACUGUGUGGCACCACCACCUUCCCCUUGGCUGUGGCCUUUGUCUCUGCCACAAUGGGUCUCACCACCUUCAGCCACAGUGGUGUGUCUGUGAACGUUCAGGACCUGGCUCCGUCCUGUGCUGGGGCUCUGUUUGGUGUUAUGAAUACCUGUGGAUCUUUUUCAGGUGUGCUGAUGGUUUAUUUCUCGGGGUAUCUGAUCGAGGCUACAGGGUCGUGGGCAUCUGUCUUUGCCCUCAUCACUGUGGUGAACCUGGUGGGCCUGGUCACCUUCCUGGCCUUCGCUGAGGCUCGCCGGGUCGACAUCGACUCCUCCAAGGGCCGCUACCACAACAUCCACAUCUAAAUUCAUAUGUUGGGAUAUGGGAACCACAGCUUGCUACCAGAACAUCCACCUAUGAAACUGAGGGGCCAAAACGGGACCAGGUUCAGCACUAUCCACAUCUGAGUCCCUAAAAUAGGACCAGAAACCACAUCUGUCUAACACAGAAUGCACACCGGAGUCUUAACUAUGGGAUGAGAAGAGAGAGAACCCUGGCUUGUUAAACGUAUCAAGACGAAGCGAUAACAGAAGUGAAUGAGUCCGCCUCAGAGCUGUUUGAAAAGCAGCAUGUCAGGUCAUCGUGCUACAACAUAUUAUCUAUAUUGUUUAAAUCAUCUUUCUAGUCAAGUGUUUGAAUGUUUGAUCGUCAGCCGUCGUUGGGCUGGGAUUGUGGAGUAGUAGUCAUAGAAACUGGUUUCACACCCAGGUCUGUGUCUAUGUUGGAGGAACACAAGGAGAAUGACAGAUGUUUGAGUUGGUUUAGUCAGUUUGACAGUUGUAGACGGAGCAGGAUGUGUGUUUGUGGUUGUGGAGAGAGGCGUUGCUCUGGUGAGAGUAUGGGGAAUGUAGACUGAACAAGAAAGGUUUUUUUGGGGAGGGGGGCACUAGUAGGUGAGACUCAGUCCCUCUCCCAGCCUCAGACAUGACAGUGAGUGACAUCUAAUUAGAAGGGGACUAAUCACCCAUAAACCCACUCUGAUGUUCUAUACAAUUGAUCUGCCAUCGUCUUCAUAUCCAUGGUUACAUGCUCAUCAUCUUGUCAGUGUGCCUCACUGCAUUAUGUUUCAUCUCAAGCUCUUACAGAGAGACUGUAGCCUCAACAUACACUUAGCUAGAAGGAUUUGUUUUGUAUUAAAUUAAGAAGACCUAAGGUUAUUAUUCUUAUUUUUAUGAACAUAAUUGCAUGACAUGUUCAAAUACGGAUACCUCAAUCAUAUAGAUUUUUAAAAAAUGAUAUUAUGACUUACAGUAUAUGUCAAUUAUGUUGUCAAUCCAGAAUGUAUGUAGAAAGAGACUGUUGAGAUUUUGUCAUAUUUGCUGUGAGUUUGGGCACUUAAAGGAGACUUGGUUGUUGCAGUUCCCCACAGCUGAUGAGGCAACCAACUGUCAUGUAGUAGAUGGUUCCCUGUUUGUUAUGGUUACUUCAUAGUCUGGGCAGGAUGUGAUGUCAUUGGUGAGGAAAUCCAACUGUGACAAGAAGUGAAUGUAUUACGGUGUAUAGCUUUAUCAGCCACAGUGGGAUACUGACACAGUAGGCUUCUAGUAGCUACUCUGUCUGAGUCAAAAUACAUGUGCAGUUGAAGUAGGAAGUCUACAUACACCUUAGCCAAAUACAUUUAAACUCAGUUUUUCACAAUUUCUGACAUUUAAUCCGAGUAAAAAUGUCCCUUCUUAGGUCAGUUAGGAUCACCACUUUAUUUUAAGAAUGUGAAAUGUCAGAAUAAUCGUAGAGAGUGAUUUAUUUCAGCUAUUAUUUAUUUCAGCACAUUCCCAGUGGGUCAGAAGUUUACAUACACUCAAUUAGUAUUUGGUAGCAUUGCCUUUAAAUUGUUUAAUUUGGGUCAAAUGUUUCGGGUAGCCUUCCCCAAGCUUCCCACAAUAAGUUGGGUGAAUUUUGGCCCAUUCCUCCUGACAGAGCUGGUGUACCUGAGUCAGGUUUGUAGGCCUCCUUGCUAGCACAUGCUUUUUCAGUUCUGCCCACAAAUGUUCUAUAUGAUUGAGGUCAGGGCUUUGUAUGGCCAGUCCAAAACUUUGACUUCUUUGUCCUUAAGCCAUUUUGCCACAACUUUGGAUGUAUGCUUAGGGUCUUGUCCAUUUGGAAGACCUAUUUGUGACCCAGCUUUAACUUGGCUUUAACUGACGUCUUGAUGUUGCUUCAAUAUAUCCACAUAAUUUUCCAUUCCUCAUGAUGCCAUCUAUUUUGUGAAGUGCACCAGUCCCUCCUGCAGCAAAGCACCCCCACAACAUGAUGCUGCCACCCCCGUGCUUCCCGGGUGGGAUGGUGUUCCUCGGCUUGCAAGCCUCCCCCUUUUCCUCCAAACAUAAUGAUGGUCAUUAUGGCCAAACGGUUCUAUUUUUGUUUCAUCAGACCAGAGGACAUUUCUCCAAAAAGUACGAUCUUUGCCCCCAAGUGCAGUUGCAAACCGUAGUCUGGCUUUUUUAUGGUGGUUUUGGAGCAGUUGCUUCUUCCUGUCGAUAUACGACUUGUUUUACUGUGGAUAUAUAUACUUUUGUAACUGUUUCCAACCAGCAUCUCCACAAGGUCCUUUGCUGUUGUUCUGGGAUUGAUUUGCACUUUUCACUCCAAAGUACGUUCAUCUGUAGGAGACAGAACGCGUCUACUUCCUGAGCGGUAUGAUGGCUGCGUGGUCCCAUAGUGUUUAUACUUGUGUACUAUUGUUUGUACAGAUGAAUGUGGUACCUUCAGGCGUUUGGAAAUUUCUUGAACCAGACUUGUGGAGGUCUACAAUUUAUAUUCUGAGGUCUUGGCUUAUUUCUUUUGAUUUUCCGAUGAUGUCAAGCAAAGAGGCACUGAGUUUGAAUGUAGGUCUUGAAAUACACCCACAGGUACACCUCCAAUUGACUCAGAAUCAGAAGCUUCUAAAGCCAUGACAUUUUCUGGAAUUUUCCAAGCUGUUUAAAGGCACAGUCAACUUAGCGUAUGUAAACUUUUGACCCACUGGAAUUGUGAUAUAGUGAAUUAUAAGUGAAAUAAUCUGUCUGUAAACAAUUGUUGGAAAAAUGACUUGUGUCAUUCACAAAGUAGAUGUCCUAACCGACUUGCCAAAACUAUAGUUUGUUAACAAGACAUUUGUGGAGUGGUUGAAAAACUAGUUUUAAUGACUCCAACCUAAGUGUAUGUAAACUUCUGACUUCAACUGUAUUUAUGAUUCAAGAUGGUGGAAUUUGUGGUUAGUACAUGGGGACCAUCUUUAUUCACCUUCACAUUUGUUUCAAAAUCACUAUUUAUCAGUUGUUGUGAUAUAAGUGAAGGCAAUUAUUUCAGUCUUGUUUCAUGUCACCAAAUGCUUUACCAAUUGCUGAUCGUUCGCUGAAUAAGAAAGAGUCUGAAGUUCAUCUACUCUUUUCUUACCCUAUCCAGUAUAAUCAUUUGAAUCAUCUGUCUUCUUAUUAUUCUAGUUGAUUAUGAGUGGCCACAUAGGCUCUUAAGCUAAACCCAUAGAAAGUUGUCUGAAGGCAGAAUGUCUUCAAAAAGUCAUGUGUACAACGCCUGGAUGAUGUUGGCAUUGACCUCAGUGGUAUUGUGGGAUUUGUAGUUUGGGGUAUACUUGGAGAACCGAUCAGUAAAGUCCACUGAUGCUGGAAUAAAGGCUCCUGGGCAGCUGAAUUCUGGGAAACUACGGCCUUGAUUACGGUCCGGUCACGAUAAGGUCAAACAGGAUGGCGUCGAAUCAGAGUUCUGUUUUUGAACUUUUGAUAGAAAUGUUCUUGUUACUGAAAGCAUAAUCAGUGUUUACCUGUAGAUGCAUAGAUGAAGUAAACUCACAUAUAUAACUGCUUUAUACAUUAGGGCCUAGCAUACAAGAGGUAACGCACAUAUUAGUGACAGGUUACUGUACAAAAGCGCUGCCAUUCUUUCUCUGACCAAUUUGUGGUCUGUUUGUUUACUUUUUUGUAAACUAAAUAUCCAACAUUUUAGAGUACAUAAACUGGCUGAGAACUUUAUUCUAAAGCUCUUUUCAUUUAACUUGCCUUAGCUGAUGAUUGUUUUGAAAUGCCUUCAUUGCUUGUCUGAUUUUUGUAAAAAUCAGCGUUGAUGUCCAUCCAGUAGGAAUUCAGUAAAAUCAGCGUUGAUGUCCAUCCAGUAGGAAUUCAGUCAAAUCAGCGUUGAUGUCCAUCCAGUAGGAAUUCAGUAAAAUCAGCGUUGAUGUCCAUCCAGUAGGAAUUCAGUCAAUUCAGCGUUGAUGUCCAUCCAGUAGGAAUUCAGUAAAAUCAGCGUUGAUGUCCAUCCAGUAGGAAUUCAGUCAAAUCAGCGUUGAUGUCCAUCCAGUAGGAAUUCAGUCAAUUCAGCGUUGAUGUCCAUCCAGUAGGAAUUCAGUAAAAUCAGUGAGUGAAUUGAAAUUCUAAUAGAAAAAUGGCAUCUCAAUCAGGAUUUUUAAAUUUUCUUUAAAUGGAUUUUAGAUUGAAUUGAUCCCAACCCACUCUCAUAUGCCGUCCUUUGUUUUGCUUCUGUGUCAUUUUGUAAAACACAGUAACACAACGCAGCUUUGUAGUUCUGCCCAGAGACUUAGAACCAUAGAUUUCUGACUUUAUGCUUCCGCCCACCAUGUCACCAAGCUGUAUGGCUUCCUGCUAAAGCGUACUAACGAUUAUUUUUGAUAAGAUAAUGUGAGAUAUGUAUUUUAAUUAUAUAUAAAAUAAAAGAUUGCAACAUGUUUAUGCAAAAUAAAUGCAGUAUUCUAUUGCUUCAAAAAUCUGUUGUAUUUGUAAGCUUAUUUUAUUGAACUUGAAAUAAAUAACUAUUUUGUCAUCUGUA